GAAAUUCGCCUUUUUUGUCACGUCGUCGAUUUCCUGUCGAGUGGGGGCGUCUUCGCCACUUUCAUUGUAGGAUCCGUGGAGUUUUGCGGCCGCGUGGUAUUUCCGACGUCCGGCAGAGCGUGCCGUUUCCGUGGCUGUUUUUUCUUUUCUGUGCACAAUGCCGACGUCGUUUGGAAAGCGCGCGCGUACGCGCCAGAAGUUCUCCAAGGGGUUCCGUCGCCACGGAAUGCCCGCUGUGUCUCGUUUGCUGGUUAUUCACAAGAAGGGCGACUACGUCGACAUCGUUUGCGAUCCCUCUGUGCAGAAGGGUAUGCCGUACUCGUACUACCACGGCCGCACCGGCAUUGUCUUCAACGUCACUCAGCGGGCCGUCGGCGUGGAAGUGAACAAGGUUGUUGGCAACCGCGUCAUCAAGAAGCGCAUCCACGUUCGUCUCGAGCACGUGAGAAAGUCUCGCUGCAACGAACUCUUCCUCAGACGCGUGAAGGAGAACGACGCUGCCCACCACGAAGCUCACCUGAAGGGAGAGAGCAUUAAGACAAAGCGACAGAUCCCGGGACCGAAGCCUGGCUGCUUCGUCUCCGGCACAAUGGAGGUCCUCGAGCCUGCACCCUUCGUUGAGUCCUACUAAAAACCGAAUAACUGGAGGUUUUACUGGUCGUUCCAACUGCAAGGACCGGCAUGCUGUGGCGAUCCGCCUUCUGUAGAGAACGAGAGAGUGUCCCGCUGCGAACGGACGUCCCGCUAAAAAUGUGGCGGAGAUUUCAGUCAUGCUGGGAUGCAUGUUGACCUGCUGUAGUUGUGGUGGGACGCGGAAAAUGGCGGGACUUUCACGAGGAGGAGGGUUUCAGUAGGGACCAGGGAAGUGCUGGAGGCCAAGGAGCGGACGGCCUCGGGGAUAGAACUGGUGAAUCUGCUUCCAAGUGUGGAAAACCAGACGUGUGCUACGAUUCUCAACAGAUUGGCGGUCUCCCGCGUUGUUACAAACUGUUCACCGAAAGUCCACGGGACGCCAUUCGCGUCGGCAUCGGGAAGUCGGUCGACUUUCCCCCAACGUUGUCUCAGCUUCAGCGCUCUCGACUUGCAUGGUCAACAGCGUAAUGCUCCGUCCUGCUCGUCUCCGUUUUUAAACGGAGCAUUGUGCGUACCCGUUGCUCAGCGUGCCUAGGCGCUGCGUUGUGGAUUUGGCGAGGAAUUCCUUGCUGUUAGAAAGUGGCAACGACCCUUGAGGCACGCGGAACUUCCAGACCAUCGUAGCAGAUGGUGAUCACCUUAUCGUUUCUGUUCUCAGAUGAUGCUCAAUUAAAACCUUC